AUGGGUUUAUCCUCCACCAACUUGAAUGUUAACGGCAUUGCGGUGGGAUUCUUACCCGCGCUAAGUGAGCCAAUACAGCCCAACACCCCAUUGGACAUCAACAAUCGCAUCGGUGCCCCCAUGUCGGUAAUGGGAAGCUAUAUUCAACUCUAUGCGAAAGACACUAAUCUCGUAGAGAUUGACUGGCAAUUACCACAGUACCGCCAACUGAUAGGUUGGCCUGUGUGGGAAAUAGCGAUGAUGCCAGUUGAAGGCUUAGAAAAAGUGACGCCUGAGAUGGCCGCAAACAUCGCCAGCAAGAUGCAAAUGUUGAAUGCCCAGGGUAUCACAGUUUGGCUUCGCUUUGCCCACGAAAUGAAUGGAGAUUGGUAUGUCUGGGGACAGAAACCUGCACUAUUCCUUGAGAAAUGGAAGCUCGUGACAAGUGCCGUCAGACGUGUUGCCCCAAAGACACUUAUGCUAUGGGCUCCGAACUCGGGCUUCAGUGCAGAUCAAGAUGCUCUCCUAGGAGGUUAUGCAAAAUACUGGCCAGGAGGGGAAUGGGUUGACAUGAUUGGACAUGAGCGCGUCAAUGUUCUUCCCUCUCCGACAGAAGCUCAGGAUACGAUCAAAGACUUCGUUAAGUUAUUUGGUUCCAAGGACCACGAUCGGCCGUUGGUUCUGGCCGAGACUGCAGCAUCUUAUACUCGCUCGCUCGACGGAAAACCUGCCCCUGGUGAGGCUGCUGAACGAGAUAUCAAACUAUCUUGGAUGAGCCAGCUCUUGUCGCGUUCAAUGGCAGAGGCAGUGCCCGAGUUGAAGGCUGUAGUUUGGGCUCUCGACCCUGUCAAGAGUAAGAAUUGA